CUCCAGUCUUGCGUUCCGGACUUCACCGCCCUCUUCUCUUGCCCUCCUGGGUUGUCUACACUAGAAUCCAUGAGCCUGCGCUGUUAGAAUCCCAGUUCUACCCGCCACAGUCUUGAGGUAGUCAUUACCAUACUCUGAGCUUCAAGUGUUCGAAGUCAGUGUAGCUAGAGCAGAGAGGGUAAUGGGAGAAAGUGGGCCGGGACUGGGUGUGGUUUUACUCUUCCGGUUAUGGGCUCAGGAGGCUGAGGUAGGAAGAUCGAGGCUGGGCUAUGACCCUCUCUCAAACAAAACAAAGUGGUGGGGAUGGGGGGCGGGGGCAGGUGUGAUGGUGCAUUCCUGUAGUCCCAAGUGCUUGGAAGACAAUGCAGGAAGAUCACGAGUUCAAGUCCAGCUUCAGCUAUAUAGUGAGUUCAAGGCCAGCCUGAGCUGUACCAGAGACCUUAUCUCAAAACAAAAUGAAGUUAAAAAAAAAAAAAAAAGAAAGGAAGGAAGAAACAGAGAAUAGUGGUUAGCUGUGGCGGCUCAUACUUUUACUCCCAACAUGCAGGCAGAGGCAGAGGCAGGUUGAUCUCUGUGAGUUCAAGGCCAGACUGGUCUACAUCGAAAGUUCCAGGAUAGCUGGGGCUGCUUACUGAAGUCCUGUCUCAAAAAUGGAAUAAACAAACCAAAGAGGGAUGGAGAGGGAGGAAGGGAGGAAAGGAGAGAGAGACAGACAGACAGACACUCAGGUGCCUGUAACAGCUAACUACCCAGCAAGUAUAUUAUGCCUCAUGGACCACUGUGAGGCUUGUCUUUUUUUUUUUGAAAAAUUUAUUUAAUUUAAUGUGAUGAGUAUUUUGCCUUGAUGUGUGUAUAUAUACGUGUAUAUAUAUACGUGUAUAUAUAUAUAUAUAUGCCAUGUGAGUGCCUGGUGCCCAUGGAGAUCAGAAGAGGGCAUUAGAUCCCACUGGAACUGGAGUGACAGGUGGUUGUGAGCUGCCUGCCAAGUGCAUGCUGGGAACAGAACCCAGGUGCUCUGCAAAGGCAGCAAGUGCCCUUAACCACUGAGUCAUCCCUCCAGCCCCCAGCUUUGUCUUCCCUGAUUCCAGGACAAACGUGGUUGAAUAGCAGGGAACAGGCUAGUCAGCGCUGUGUGUGCCAAACACCUGCUGGAUGAAGGGUGAGUCCACCCUUGUCAGGAGUAACCUAGAUCAAAUUUUUAUCUCGCAACGUGAAUAUUUUAUUUCACAAUAUUUAAAAUAUUGUCAGGCAAGGGCUCUACCACUGAGAUAGGACCGAAAGCCCUACCUGCUCUAGAUCUAAAAACCCAAGGGUUGGGCCCCGGGAGAUAGCUCAGUAGUUAAGAGCAAAUACUGUUCUCUGGUCGUGGUGAUGCACAGCUUUAAGCCGAGCACGCAGGAGGCAGAGGCAGGGAGAUCUGCGAGAUGUAGGACAGCCUGGUCUACAUAGCAAGUUUUAGGCUACCCGGGGAUACACAGUGUGACCAUGUCUCAAAAAUAACAACAAAACAAACAAAAAAAGAAAAUAUGAGAACCCGAGUUCAGUUCCCAGCACCCACAUCCAGUGGCUCACAAUCACCUGUAACUUCACCUCCCUGGGGGGUGAUAUCGCCCUCUAAUGGCCUCUGCAGGUACUACAGUCACAUGGCAUAUGCACACAGUCACAUAAAUAAAAACGAAUCUUUAAAAAUAAUAACUUAAAAUCCUUUAAUCCCAGCACUUGGGAGGCAGAGGCAGGCAGAUCUCUGUGAGUUCGAGGCCAGCCUGGUCUACAAAGUGAGUUCCAGGAAAGGUGCAAAACUACACAGAGAAACCCUGUCUCCACCCCGCCCCCCUCCCAAAAAAAUCCAAGGAAAAGACUCAGAUUGGCUGAGCCCUAGGUCAGAUCAUGUGCUCUCUUCUUCAGUCUGGAGGCUGUGGCCAGAAGACGGUGGAGAAAACGCCGGGGACAGUGGGUGAUACUUGACUCCAGGUGUCACCGUGCAGGACCAACAACUUCCUCUAAGCGUUUUCUUCAUAGUCAAAAACCAUUUCCAGAGGGGUGUAUGUUAAGGACAUUUUUCUUCAUGUCCUCACCCCUACUGGGAGGCACCCCACUUUCACUGUUCCGGUGGUUGGUCACCCUUCAGAAACCCUGACUAAGCAGCCAGACCACCUUUCCCAGCCCGCCAGCAGCUUCUGAUGUAAGUUGUUUAGGGAAUGAGAACGGGACAGAAAAUUCCAGCCUGCUAAGGGGCCAACCGGGGAAUUGAGGAAUGCUGCGUGCAGACUUGACAUGGAUGCUUGCUUACAAUGCUUUCCUUCGUGGUGACUCAUUCAUUCAUUCAUUCAUUCAUUCUUUAGAUUUAUUCAUUGGAAUCAGACUGAUUAUGGCCAGGGAUAGUAGCAAUAGCUGUAAUCCAAACCCUUGAGAAGCAUAGACAGGAGGAUCAUGAGUUCAAGAGCAGCCUGGGAAAUAGGAUAAGAUCCUGUCUCAGAAAUUCAUAAUAUCAGCCGGGUGGUGGUGGCACACACCUUUAAUCCCAGCACUCGGGAGGCAUAGCCAGGUGGAUCUCUGUGAGUUCGAGGCCAGCCUGGUCUACAGAGCGAGAUCCAGGACAGGCACUAAAACUACACAGAGAAAACCUGUCUCAAAAAAAACCAAAAGGAAAAAAAAUUCAUAAUAUGGGGUUAAAGAUAUAGCCGCCGCCGCCGGGCGGUGGUGGCGCACACCUUUAAUCCCAGCACUCGGGAGGCAGAGCCAGGCGGAUCUCUGUGAGUUCGAGGCCAGCCUGGACUACUAAGUGAGUUCCAGGAAAGGCGCAAAGCUACACAGAGAAACCCUGUCUCGAAAAACCAAAAAAAAAAAAAAAAAGAUGUAGCCGCCAGUUGGUAAAUCACUUCUCUGACAUGCACAAGGCCCUGGGUUCUAGUGCCAGCACAGCAUAAAUCCAGGCAUGUAUGAUGUGUAUAGAUAAGGACAAGCAUUGCCACAGCAUGUGUGUAGAUGGCACAUGAGAAACUUUUGGAAGUCAGUUCUUUCCUUCCACUGUGGGUGCUGGAGAUCAAACUCACGUCAUCCAUCCUGCUUGGCUGGACCAACUCUCCAGCCUGAUUUAGUUACUGACUUAAUCACAAUGCUGUACAUUGGUCCUCCAAAACGCAGACACCUUAUGUUGAAAGUGUAUAGCCUUUGACCCACAUCUCCCUCCUUCUCUCCUCCCAGCUCCUGGUACCCAUCAUUCUAUUCUCUGUUUCUAUGAGUUUGACUUCUUGAGAGUCCACAUAAAAGUGACAUCCCUUGGUAUUUGUCUUUCUGAGUCUGGUUUAUUUCGCUCUUCUCCCCUGACCCCCGAACCCCAAGACAGGGUUUCUCUGUGUAGCCCUGGCUGUCCUGGAAUUCACUCUGCAGACUAGGCUGGCUUUCAACUCAGAGAUCCACCUGCCUCUUUCCCCUGAGGGCUGGCAUUAAAGGCAUGUGCCACAACCACCUGGCUAUUUCACUCAUUUUAACGUCGUUCAUGUUCACCCAUGUUGUAGACAACAGGAUUUCUUUUUUCUUUAUUUGUUUCACUGCUGGGAAUCGAACUUAUGAUCUCACACCAUUUCCCGGUCUCUUUUUUUCUUCAUUUAGAGGCAGUCUCUAGAAGUUGCCCUGGCUGGCCUGGAGCUCACCAUCCUCCUGCCUCAGCCUCAUCUCUCCUCGAGGUUUGCCAUCACAGUCUGGCUGUGAGGCUGUGAGCGGGAGAAUCACUGUUUUUAGCUAUGGAACUUUCCUUUCUUCCUCACGCUUACAGUCUAACGAUGAGGUACAGGCUCUAUUCCAGUUCUGAAGAAACUGUUCAGGGCAGAAGUCCCCUGAGGUCUGUACCCGCGGAUGGCCUUCAGCCUCCGGGUGGCCACGGUCUACAGUGUUGGCCCAUCCAUGUGUCACCAGGGAAAGGAACACAGGUCUGGAAGAGUGGUGCUAUCUAUGAAGGGGACUGGAAGUUUGGGAAGCGAGAUGGCUAUGGCACCCUCAGCCGUCCUGACCCGGAGACUGGAAAGUACAGGAGGGUGUACUCGGGCUGGUGGAAAGAUGAUAAGAAGUCGGGCUAUGGGAUCCAGUUUUUCGGAUCCAAGGACUAUUACGAGGGUGAGUGGUGUGGCAACCAGCGCAGCGGGUGGGGACGCAUGUACUACCCCGAUGGCAACAUCUACGAGGGCCAGUGGCAGAAGGACAAGCCUGAAGGGGAGGGCAUGUUGCGGCUGAAGAAUGGGAACCGGUAUGAGGGCAGCUGGGAGAGAGGCAUGAAGAACGGGCAUGGGCGUUUCUUUCAUCUGGACCGUGGGCAGCUGUUUGAAGGCUUCUGGGUGGACGACGUGGCCAAGUGUGGCACCAUGAUUGACUUUGGCCGUGAUGAGGCCCCGAAGCCCACCCAGUUCCCCAUCCCUAAGGUAGAGGUUCAAGACCCAGAUGGUGUGCUGAGGGAAGCAAUAGCUGCUCUGAUGAACCCAGAGGAAGAAGAUACCUGAUGCCGGGUGAGAAGACAUCUUUUCUGCCAUCUCCGAGGAGGCCGAGGCAGCCCUGGGUCCCUGAACAAUGCUGGUAUCACUUACUCCUCCUACUCCUCUUUGAAACUCGUGUUCCUAGAAGAGCACUCCAGGCCUGCCCAGAUCUCCUGAGUUGCAAUCUCAGCCUCCUGAGGUGGGCACUGAGCUGAAGUCAGGGGGUCUGUCCCUUUUCAAGACUCUUAAGUAAGGCUGGGGGCCCUCGGCCUGCACCGACGCAACUCUUUAUGGGGCCUUGUCUGGGGUGAUCGCGAGGCUUCAGGGAGAGGGUGUCGGUGACUGUGUUUCCAAUACUAGUUCUAGCGCCGUCGCCGCCUGUAGAGCGAGCGAGCGAGCCCAUCAAGGCUCAGGAGAUGCGCCAGCCCUUGUCACCAAACUGCUCAGACCAGUGCAGCUCCUGCAGGAGGAGCAAGCAGCGACUCUGGGCACGCCCUUGGCUCCCUCAGUGGGCACCCACCCCUCCAGACACUAGGGCAUUCUUUGCCAAUGGAGGUGGGGUAUUGCUAAUCCCUGGCUGGCCUUGGGGACCCGCUUGUUUCAAGCCUUUGCCCUGUGAUCUUAUAGCAGAGUGCACGAAAAUAAAGAAGGACCUGGUGGCCUUGC